CAUAUUGUUCUUAACCCUAUGUGCUAUAGUACAGCUAUGAUCACAGCCCAUUGUAAAGGAAGCAUAGCCUACUGAAAAAUACCGCUAAAAACAGGAUAGCCUACCUCAAAAAUGAAUCUGUUUUAUUUACCAUUUUGAGUUUUACGUUUAUACCGAAGAGAAUAGUGAAGAUGGGCUGCUGCUCGGGGAGGUGCAUGUUGAUGUUCUUCUGCGCUCUUCAGCUGAUCACUGCUGUGGAGAGACAGGUGUUCGACUUUCUAGGUUACCAGUGGGCACCCAUCCUUGUCAACUUCCUGCAUGUCAUUGUGGUGAUAUUGGGCUUGUUUGGGACAGUCCAGUAUAAGCCCCGCUAUGUAGUUUUGUAUAUAGUCUGGACCAUGUUUUGGGUGACUUGGAAUGUCUUUAUCUGUUGCCUUUAUCUAGACCUUGGAGGACUUUCAAAGGACAGCAAUUACCUGUCAUUGGGACUUUCGUCUUACCGUUCAUGGUGGAAGGACAACGGUCCAGGCUGUGAGAACAGAAACCUCCCAACCACUAGAUGGCAGCAUCUGGAAAGUCCUGCUCUGGUCUCUGAGCUGGGCUGUGUGUUGGAGUAUCAGUACAUUGAAGUUAUGCACAGCGCCCUGCAACUGUUCAUUUCUGCCCUGGGAUUUGUAUUUGCCUGCUAUGUUGUCAACAUCUUCAAUGAAGAGGAAGACACAUAUUUGUAUAAGUGACAGUGUCCAGAUCUCAUCAACAUCUCAAGAGAGAGAAGGAACAUUGAGAAGGGAAAGAGAUGAAAGAAAAGGACAUUAACCAUUCUCAGAAUGGACCAGAUUGGAUGGAUUCCACAUGAUUUAUACAUGUAUAAACAUAGCAAUACACACAAAUUAAGAAAAUAAGAGUGAUGUGAAUAUAAACAUGAAAAUUAUGUGUAUGUGUGUUUUAUUAUUAUUAUUUUGCCUAAUGACACAUUGAACUCCACAAGUGAACAAGAAGCAAGUCGCAAGGCAUCUGUGUAACUAUUCAUCCAAAGCCAAAGGAUACAGCAAUAGACCUCACUUUUAUGUGCUUUUAUGAAUAUAUAUUUAUUUUCCUUUCAUGAUAUGAUUUUUUUUGUGAAACAGUUUUGCAUACAUAAGUAUGUGGCUUCUAAUUUUACAGUUAAAAUGGUAGCCUAUAUUUUGUACAUUUUAAACAUAUUGUAAAAAUCUCUUUCAGUUUAAUAGUGGAGAUUAAAUGAAGAAGAAUGGAUUGCUUUACAUGCACUUGUGUCAUUACACAGCAAAAUGCUGUUAAAUGUUUAAUGAUCAACAUCUGUCUCUUUUACUAUCGGUAACACAAGCCAUAUUUGUGAGAGCAAGUAUAGGAGAGAGCAAUUACAAUACUUGCAUGUGUUGGUCUGUGUCUUACGAGCAAAACAGAAACAUUGUAAAUUAACACAUGCGGAACAUCAAACCUCAUUUUGUAAAUGUAAAUAAUACAGCAUUUACUGACAUUAUUUUGAACGCUGACUGUAGUGAGUCAUAUAAUCUUUUAUUUUGUUACAUUAUACCUGUAGUGCAUAUCUUAAUAAAAAUUUGUU